GAAAAAGCGGCUUUAUAAUUUUUCAAGGAUUAUAUGUCAUUUAUUGUGAUUUUGCUCACUGUUUUGAUCAACACGAGAAUGCCGUUUUUCCGAGAUUUAUUUCAAAAUUUAUUCGGUGGAAACCGAAGAAACGAAUACGAUCGUCAGGGAUUUGAUGAUCGUCAACAGUAUGGCGACAAAUUUCGAAAUCCUAUUUGGCGAAAUGACGAGGAAGAUUCUGAUGACUAUGUCGAUGAAUACAGAGGAUUUAAUCACAAUCCACAUGAAUUUCAUUUCCAAAUUUUCACAAACCCUUUUGAAAUGACAAGAUACUUCGAAACUCAAAUGCAAAAUAUGAUGAAAGAUUUUUUCAACUUUGGUUUUAAUCAUGACUCUGUUAUUGGUGAAAAUUAUGGCGAUCACCAUGAAGGUUUACCUCAAUUACUUCCACCACCAAUUCAAGGAAAAAAAAAUCCACGUGAUGAAGUUUUAAAGCCGGGUUAUGAUUUUCCGUCUGAAGAUCCUGGAGAUAAGAAUUUUAAAAUAGAUCAAGAUCUAGAUGGAAAAAUAACCGCUGGUGAUUUUUCUCGUAUUUGGCAAGACGUUGAAAGACCUGAUGAAAAACAAUUAGUAGUUCCCGAAGAUGGAAGAUCGGUUGUUCCUCGUAGUAAUUUCAAAUUUAAUUCAUUUGGCAAAUCGGUUAUGUCACAAAUAAUAAGACGACCUGAUGGUACUAUUGAAGAACGGAAAAGUGUAACUGAUAGUGAGGGCAAUUGUGAAACUACAAUCAAACGUCAAGUUGGUGAUAAAAUUUACACGAGCGUUACCAAGAGAGAUAAAAACGGAGUUGAAAGCAAGACGGAAAAUUUUGAAAAUAUUCCUGAAAGUGAAAUUAAAAAUUUUGAUUCGAACUGGAAACCUCUUGAAGAACCAAAAAUUGAUAUUGGGCCGCUGAGUAAAUUCCCUUGGGAAAAAUUUUUCGACUUCAACCCAAAAUUAUAAGUAACGUUCAAGAGUCAUAUGUAGUUAGUACAUUAUAAUAAUUGUAACUUGAAAAAAUGUAAAAAUGUUAUUUCCAAUUACGUCAGCUUGUAAAAAUAAAAUUAUAAAAAGUUGGUACUGGUCAUAAAUAAAAUAAAAUAAAUUAUUGAAUAUUAA